AUGCUUCAUACAGCAUGCAUGCUGAUCCGAUCAGAGUCUGAUCUGGGCCCUGAUGAGUCCAUUUACAUGUGUACAAUUGAACGCGAAGCCUCGACCACCGCAUUGGAUACGUGGCUGGGUCACUCAACCGAAAUAGGGCACCAUUGUCAACAGCAGACUGCUUCUCCUUCCGAAGUCGAGCAGUUAAAUUAUUUGCAGUCUCCUAGGCAAUUGAACACCUCUAUUUCAUACCGGGGCGUAGAGAUGGAUUACAUCCAAGAUGGUGUCACCGAGGCGACCGAGUCAAAUGGGAAGCCAUCCUCUUGGCGAAAUAACUGGCACAGUACGAGUCUGUUACGAAACAGCCUUUCCAAUCGAAUUGGGACAGACAGGCUAUCACAUCCCUGA